AUGAAGAAUCAAUGCAUUCCUAAAGGCAUAACAUAUUUAUCCUAUGAGGAACCUUUGGGAAGUAUCUUGGUGUCUUUUACUGUUUUCUUUUCCACUGUCACUGCAACAGUAUUAUGGUGCUUCGCACAGCACUGCAAUACACCCAUUGUCAGAGCCAACAACUGGAGCAUCACCUGCAUUCUGCUGUCUUCGCUGCUGCUUUGCUUUCUGUGCUCUUUCCUAUUUAUUGGCAGGCCUGGAAAGGUGACCUGCCUUCUGCAACAAACUGUGUUUGGCAUCUUGUUCUCUGCCGCUGUUUCUUCUGUGUUGGCCAAAACCAUCAUGGUGGUUCUGGCUUUUAUAGCUACAAAGCCAGGAAACCGGAUGAGGAAAUGGGUGGGGAAAAGACUGGCAGUGACAAUAAUAAUUCUCUGUAUUCUUGUUCAAACUGGCAUUUGUGUAGUGUGGCUGGCAACCUCUCCUCCCUUCCCAGAAUUUGACAUGCACUCCCAGAUUGGUCAGAUUGUAGUGCAAUGCAAUGAAGGAUCAGCCACAAUGUUUUAUACUGUUCUGGGCUACAUGGGGCUUCUGGCCAUCACCAGCUUCACUGUGGCCUUUCUUGCCAGGAAGUUGCCUGAUACUUUCAAUGAAGCCAAGCUCAUCACCUUCAGCAUGUUGGUGUUUUGCAGUGUUUGGGUCUCCUUUGUCCCAACCUACCUGAGCAUCAAAGGGAAAUACAUGGUGGCCGUGGAGUUCUUCUCCAUCUUGGCUUCUAGUGCUGGUUUGUUGGCCUGCAUUUUUCUCCCAAAAUUGUUCAUUAUUCUGUUGAGGCCUGAUCUAAAUGCCAGGGAGCAUGUGAUAAAGAAAAGUAACUGCCUUACUUGA